CGCGUGAACUUUGGGGCCCAGCGCUUAAAAAAAACAUAUUUUCUCUCAUAACAAAGGAACGAUCAGCCCUUAAACCACGCCGGAAGACGGACGUCCGUUUUACGACGAAGUACUUAACCUCGAGCUCGAGAGACCACCUUGCCGCAAAACAGCUGACUUAAAGACGUCAAGGAACACUUUAUAAGUGUGUGGAGACCGCAGCUAGUUCAACAGACACGUCUUGGCGACCAAAGGCGACACGCACGUUGAACACGUACGCACGAGGAAAGCAACUCUCUGCCGCCAUAUCAGAUCGCACAGCCGCCGAAGGAAGACCGCAGUAGAACCCCUGUGAGAAGAUAUCUCAACCUGCCGUUCAAAAUCCUAGCGACAGAAAUGAAGACGACGAUGACAGUUCUUAAGAAGCACCUGAGGUUGAUGAUACUGUGCCUGUGUUUAGUGCACGUGCUUUCACAAGAUCCGGGAGUUGAGUACGACGAGUGCCCAGCUAGCCACGGAGGCUACUGCCUGAACGGGGGGACGUGUACCAUGUUACCCGGGCUGCCGGAAGCACAGGCCAUCAGGUGCAGUUGCCCACCAGACAGGACAGGAGAACGAUGUGGGCUCAGCCAUCUUCAGACUCAGCGAGGGCCUGAGGGCAAGGUCCAAGCUGUUUACAUUGUCGUCGGGGUGCUGGGAGGACUCCUGCUCAUAGCUACAGUCGCCGCAGUGGUUUAUUUCUGCAGGCGAAACAAACACGAAGAAGAAUAUGAAGGAGAGCAGAAACCACAUUUCGGAGAGACAUCCCCAACUAACAAAGCAGUGACUACAAUAAAGAUGGUACGAGACAGCAUGCCGUACUUGGUGGGGGCCUGGAUCGCCCUGUGUUUGUGUACGCAGUUCGCACAGUCACAGACGACAAACGCAGCAGCGUCACACACGUCUAACACGACCCAGUUUGAAGCGACAACACAGGCUGGAACAUUCCAUCCGAAUGCAACGUCCCAAAGGAAUAUAAAUGGCACAGGUGAGGAAGUCACUUCGACAACAGUGUCCACCGGGCAUUUCCAGACAUGUCCCCCGAAGUAUGAUACUUACUGUUUCGAGGGAACGUGCAGGUAUAUGGAUCACCCGGACCCAAACCAGAGGAUAAGUUGCAUUUGUCCCCCCUGGAAACGAGGUGAGCGCUGCCAGCUCUAUGACCUUGACUACUCCAGAAAAGACUCCGUGCAGAAGGCGUUGUUGAACUGUUACGUCGUCAUCGGUGUCCUGGUGGGGCUACUGGUCCUGGUGGUCAUACCUGCUGCGGCUUUCUUCUGCAGGCGCUCAAGGUCCAACCGAGAAUCCAACAGGGACGUCGCAUCCAGAGAAGGGGUGUCAAGUGCAAAUCUGAUGGAACCAUAGAUACCCGGAACAACACACCUCCACCCCCAAUCAACAUUAUAUUAGGACGUAUUUAUCAUCAAACAUGUUACGAAGGGACCAAAUGCAAGAAAAUUAUUUAUUGCUUGCCUUAGCUUUACAUAGAUUUUGAGUUAAACCAAAUUUGGCAUCUCUGCACUUAAAUUUGACUACAAUCGGACAUUGUAUAUUUUAUGUGUGAUAUAUAUCGAACGUAUUGUAUAUACGGGAUUUUGAAGCUUUCUUUAUACUUUGGAAACAAAAGAGUUAGUCUGGCUGAUACACCGAAGAAGGCUGAUGUUAUUUUCAUUCAUAAGAUAGCUGUAUACAUGACAAAAGCUUAAGAAACAAACAAAAGAACACAACGCUAUAAACGUUUGUGCAUUUUUGUGCCAAAUAUGAACUAGAAAUAUGACGAGAUCUAUAUAUAUUUGAAGGUACUAACAAGUACUAUAUGUAUUGAUCUGUAUAUAUUUGGAAGUACUAACAACAUUUAUUUAAUAUCUACUGCCAUGUAAUUUGAUAUACGUACUAUUAAUUUCAUAAAAUAAACGAUGUAUCACCGUUUGUUCUUGU